AAUCAUUCAUUUCCAUAGCAUUAAAACUGACAGAUGAGGUGUGCACAUGAUGAAAAUGCAUAAAAUUGUGAAUAAUUAAUACAAGACCUCAAAUCAAAGUAACGCACACACAAACAGUCUUAUAUCAGCAUGAUAGUUUUAUAAACUGACUAUUAAAUAUCAGAUACAGUAUAAGACCCAACAAUACAGGCAAUAGAAUUUUAUAGGCCUAUACGGUUGAUGGAGCAACAUGGCAGCCUAAGUGAGUAGGCUAUGGUGCCGUAGACCAUAGUAUUAUAAUAGUAUAGGAUUAUUACAGCAGCCUUAUGGUAACAGUGCUUACUGGAGCGUGUAGUUCAGUGUAAUGUGUUGGGAAACAUCCUUCCUCUGCGGGCGCGCGCAUCCUCGGGCCCGGCGAGAUUGGUCCUGAUGCUGGGAUCGUGCGCGCGCAUUACAUCACUUCUCACCCGCGUGAUUGGCUGUAGGUCAACUCAUCCGUCUGCCGUGCAGCAUCCACUGCGAGUUUCAGCAUCCCGAAGCGAGCGGCAGCGGCGUUUCAAAUCAACCUCAUCACCAUCAUCAUCCUCAUCUUUGAUUUCAUUAACUUCGCGCGGGCGUUUUCUUUUUCUUGCACUGGCGGCUCAUUUCGAGGAUGGCAGAGAGCGAGGCAGACACGCCGAGCACGCCGAUUGAGUUUGAGAGCAAAUACUUCGAGUUUGAUGGAGUGCGGCUGCCGCCCUUCUGCAGAGGGAAGAUGGAGGACAUCGCCAACUUCUCCCUCAGAAGUAGCGACAUAUGGAUUGUCACCUACCCAAAGUCAGGCACCAGCCUACUUCAGGAGGUUGUGUAUCUAGUGAGUCAGGGUGCAGACCCAGAUGAGAUUGGCCUUAUGAACAUCGAUGAACAGCUGCCCGUCCUAGAGUACCCCCAACCUGGCCUGGACAUCAUACAGGAGCUGACGUCCCCUCGUCUCAUCAAAAGCCAUCUUCCCUAUCGAUUCCUCCCCACAGCCAUGCACAAUGGAGAGGCCAAGGUGAUCUAUAUGGCUCGUAACCCAAAGGACCUGGUGGUGUCCUACUACCAGUUCCACCGCUCUCUCAGGACCAUGAGCUACCGAGGAACCUUCCAGGAGUUCUGCCGGCGCUUUAUGAAUGACAAGCUGGGAUAUGGUUCCUGGUUUGAACAUGUUCAGGAAUUUUGGGAACAUCGUAUGGACUCUAAUGUCCUCUUCUUAAAAUAUGAAGACAUGUACAAGGAUCUGGGGACGUUGGUAGAACAAUUAGCCCGGUUCCUGGGUGUUUCCUGUGACAAGGCUCAGCUGGAGGGCAUGGUGGAGAGCUGCAACCAGCUCAUCGAGCAGUGCUGCAACUCUGAGGCGCUGUCCAUCUGUAGGGUGCAUGGAAGUCUGGUGUCUGGUCUGCUAUAGUCAGUCUGACCUGUCUCACACACGCCACAGAAGGUCGUGCAGGUCUUUGGAAGGAUGUCUUCACAGUGUCUAUGAAUGAAAAAUUUGACACGGUGUACAGACAGAAAAUGGGCAAGUCUGACCUGACCUUUGACUUCUGUCUGUGAGGAGCGCCUGACCUCGCCCUCCCCCUGUAUCCCCACCCUACUCUCCACUCCACUGAUCUACUUCAACAAGUGCACAUGUAUGGUUGACAAGUGCACACUUCCUGCCAAAAUCCAUGCUCCUACAUCUCCAUUCAAUCAAUCAGUCUGAAGUUUAGUGGUACAGUCUGACAGUGGGAUUACACUACAUGACUUUUCCCAGAAUGCAAUAUGUCUCAAGUCAACAAGUCAUUAAAAACCCCACCCUUGUGGACUGAUCAAAUUUAAUCCAGAUUUAUUAGGAAUUUCUUGAAAUUUCUCAAUCAACAGUUAAACCAAACCUCCCUUAACCCCUACCUCCACAGUAUGUUCCCACUGCUGUGUAUGUAUAUGUGUAUAUACUAACCAGGGUUCGACCGAUAUAGGUUUUAUAGGGGCAGAUACCAAUACUUUUGAGCUCAAGUAUUGGUCAACAUUUAUAUUCGUGUUAUGGUUGACCCUAUUCUGGGCGAAGUUGCUGUCCAUUAUUUACCUAUCCAUAAAGGCCUGGGUAUGCUAGAAAUGAACCAGUUAGUACGGUUCUUUCUGCUGCUGCUGGAAACAAGGUUGAUGAUUGCGGUGACAAUGAACCAAAACAGUGAAGUUGCAAGCCCAAAAACCAAAAUGAACUAAAGAAAUUAUCUAAAAGAUGCUAAAAUGCUGUGUAGAGCUGAGGGGACUGUUUUUUAUUUAAAUGCAAAUCAUGCAGUCAGUUAACGCUUUGACUUGUGACAGUGUUUAUCAGCCACAAAUAUCUUUAUGUAGCGACAGAGAUUCUCUUUGAUGAUUCUGGCUGUCAGGUGAAUAAACCCUCUGAAACAUUUACACCAACAUGAGACACUAAACCUCUCCAGAGAAGCCCAGGCUAAUGAAACAGUGUUAUGGUUAGUAGCUCUAUAGGCCACAUUCACCUGUUUAUUGGUGGGGAAUCUGAAUACAUUCCUGCCUGUAAGUGAGGAAUAAACUUACCCAGCGACACCCUGCUGUUGAAAAUUUUGAAAAGACAUCAGGCACGAUGGCUGAAUAAGACUUAUCUACAGUUAUAAAAUCUCUAUGGAUGGCACCUGUUACAGAUGUGAUGGAUAUAUUAUAAGUGAACAAAGUGCCCAAAGAGAAUUACAGGUUUUACAGACAACACCAAUAUCUGCCCUUUAAUUUGUUAAACCGAUAUAUCAGUCUAACCCUGAAACUGAGUGCAUUAGCAGUUGUCUUGAUUCUGCAGUGGCUCCAAGCCAGCUAGACACAUGGAAGGUAACUGUAAGAGGUGAAGCCAAACAUGUAGAGAAAAAGUAUAUCACACCUAAAGCAACCCAGCAGCUCAGGUUCACAGCUGGGAGAUUGUUGUGUUAGAUGAUCAUUGUUUUUUGUUUUGUUGCUCAAAGUGCUGCAGGGUUUUCAAAGCCUCCAUCACUGAUUGUCACUAGACACUUAUGUAUGAGCUUUAUGUGUAUAUAUGGAUGUAUGUGAGUGUGUGUUUGAGAGAGAGACAGAGGGAGAAAGACAGUUAUGUCUUGUCAGUGCUCGGUUAUACCAACAGAAUGUAUCACGAUUCUCAGACUGACAGGUGCCAUUGUUCCGAAGGCCCAUUAUUCCGAAACUUUAAUAGUUAAUAGUUAAAAGAAUAUUGGGGUUUCAGAAUAAUGGGCCAUCUGAACAAUGGGCAGUCCCCGUGUAUAAGUUAAUAAUGUGUACUGAAUAAUUUGAAAGAUGUUAUAAUCACAUACAAAUUCUACAAAUACUGGCUUUAAGGAAUAGCACACUUCACUCCUUAACACUUUGCUUUUGACUUUAACUGGUAUUUUAUAUACAAACAUGAUGGUUACCUUCUCAGCAUUUAAGACUCAAUGUGCUGCACAUUACUGUAAUUUGGGGGUGUAACGGUGCACAAAAUUCUUGGUUCAGUAUGUACCUCGGUUUUGGGGUCACGGUUCGGUACGUUUAUGGUACACCAUGGAAAACCAAAAAAAUGUAGAAAAUCACUUUUUUUUCAUUUAUUUUUAAAAAUGUAAACAUUCAACAGUGGCUCAUUGGCCAUGAUUCUUACUGUAACAGUUAAUGCACUCAAAUACUGGCAUACUGUCAAUAAGAAAAAAAUAAAUAACACAAAAGUCAGUAAUGCUCCUUAAUAAAGACUCUGACCUGCUGAUAAUUUCUGAACUGUCUGGUUUUGUCUCGUUUUGCUAAUCGUCACAUUUGGGUGAUGCCGACAUAAAUGUCAUGUUUGAAGUGUUUCCAAAGAUAAACCCGACUUCAGUUGAACAAUGUCGGCAUACAGUUUGACACUAAUCGUUGCCCAUAUUUGCUCUAACUAACCGGGAAACCGUAAUGCUCCCAUACAGUGGAUCUAAAUGUCAGGGAGGAUCCUCCAGCUCUGGUCUCUCAUUUGUGUUUGCCAUUCGGAGGCAGCAACGCUACAGGAGGUUGGCUAACCUGGCUAAUUGGGCUAAGCCAACUAGCAUGCUACAGCAACUGGUGCACUACCAAAACUUUCUGGGUAAAACUCGCACUCUAGAAUUUCUGUUCCGCAUGUGUGAGUAGUGGACAUAAAUAGACUAUUUUGACAGUAAUAGUUUGGGUCACAGGGCGUACCGAUCCAAGGAAGUUGCAUAACGAACCGAAAGUCCUGUACCGAAUGGUUCGGGACGAAUACAUGUACUGUUACACCCCUACUGUGCAUCAAAAAAUAUAUACCAUGUGGUGGUUAAAAUGUGCAGCUGCUGCUCUAGCAGAUGCAGCUGUGCCAGUCACUGUAGAUAUUAUAUAAUAUAUUGUCUCCCGGGUAUAAAGGCAGAUUUUGGACCCUUGUCUUUAAUGUAGACAAACAUUUAGGGUGUUUGUGAAUGACAUUCAAGACUACCGGCCUUGACAUGAUUUUUUAAUUUCAUUGUUUGCAGAGUAAAACUACAACAAUUAUAAAAGAUCUGAUAUGUACACAGAUAUUCAUGUACCUAUAUACAGAUACACUUACACAUACAUAUACUCACAUAUACAUGAAUGAAAAGUAAUGCCUGUGCAGGAGAGGUAGAAAGCUAAAAGCUCAUACAAAGGCCUCUCUUAAAAACUCAAGGCAACAUGGAUUACAAACAGGAUUACAUGAAAUAAAAAAGGACAUGACAUUGCUCUGUAAAUAAUACAGAGGACACCCCCCGGCCCAUUGUUUUCUGUGUGUCAGUUAGUUUGAGGCAAUUCAAACAAACCUUAUUUAGGAAUGUGCACUAUGUGAGGACAAUACGAACUAAAAGUCUCAAAACUACAAGAUUAGAUAAUAAUGCAAGACUCGCCUUAAUUAAUAUUGUAUCUUAGUGGUUCAAAUUCCUAAACAAAUGUGCAGUUAAUCAAAUUACAUACAACUCAUCCACUCAUUUUAUUUCAAGUGUUUCAUAUUCAGAUUAAAUUCCAAGGUGAUUUUAAUACACUUGUUUACACUUUGCCACAUACAACUCGCAAAUUAGAGUUGGCCCUACUUCCAUCCAGAGGGUGGUGGUAAUGCUCCUGAAGCCAUUUGGUUCACUUUGCAUGUGACAGGAAGAACAAUGGCUAAUUUCAAUGCAAUGUCUGUGUCACUUCAGCUGCUUAUCAUGGGGGCUGACUCUGUACAGGUAUUUCAACUGACCAUUUUCUCAUGUAGUUACAAUUGGGAAAAAUAAAGAUUGAGCAUCUUAGAGAGAUGGAUGUAUUCACACCUAUUAAACAUCAGGCUAGAAUACAUCUCAAACCACCUCCCAAGGUGGUUUGGCAAUCGGAUUACUGUCCAUCUCUAAUGCUUCUUGGAUGCGUUUACACAUGGCUUUUUAGCUAUCAAAUAGCUAUCUGAACCACCCAAUACGCAUGAAGUGCAUAAGUGUAAAUAGGGCUCUUGGGAGCAGUGGCCCCCUUUGCCUGGUUGGUAAUCCACACACUCUUUUCCUGUGUAAACCAGGCUACAUAUUCCCACUGAUUGGUGAACAGUUUCCUUUCUCUCUGUUUUCUCAGAAAUGUCAGGUUGCAGGAGAGGAGAGAGCAGCGUAUUAACCCAUAACCAGCAUUAACUGUAUUCUGCUACUCACUGUAGUGUCCCCACAGCAGCAGUAUCUGGAGUCAGACUAUUGACCUGAGACAUCACUUACAACCAGUCCAGCACCUCCUCCUCUGUUGCCACAGAGGUUUCCAGUACAGCAGACCAGUCCCUGCGCUCUACCAGACACUUGUGAAUGUCUUUAUUGUGUGGAUGUAAACAACCUCAGCACACAGUCAUCACGCCGCAUCUUUUACGGCUGCUCAUUCUUUCUUGUCAUUGUUUCUUUCUUCUCUCUGGCACUCUGUUUACAGCUGUGGGCAAGGCUUCAGCUGCCCAUUUCCACUUUUAUGGUUUGUUUGGGUUUUUCAUAUAUGCCUGUCUCUGUUUCCUGGGUGUCUUGCGUUGUAUUUUACAUGCUUUGCUUGCUGGUUUAUUAAUAAAGUUGUGUCUUCAAGCAAUA